UUUCAAUCUUAAUGAUCUGAGAUUUCGAUCGAUCGAUUUUGUUUGGAAACGUUUUGCUCUGUGAGAGUUUGUUUUCGCUUCUGUGAAUGCUUGUGAUGUGCUCUUACUGUUUUUGGUACGGUUUCAAAUAUCAACACAUGAGAUCAGAUGGACGUAAGCGGAGGAGGCGAUAGUGUGGCAACGCCUGUUCAACAGAAAGCGCACGAGGCCUGGAGGAUAUACCAGCACUACCUCGACAAGACUACUCCUCUUCCCACUUACCGGUGGAUUGCUGCUACUCUUGUCGUCGCCCUUGCCUUCUCUUUGAGGGUUUUCUACAUCCAGGGCUUCUACAUCAUCGCCUACGGUCUUGGAAUCUACCUUUUGAAUCUCCUCAUCGGCUUCUUGUCUCCUCUUGUUGAUCCCGAGGCUGCUGAUGGACCUUCUCUUCCCACUAGAGGUUCUGAUGAGUUCAAGCCUUUUAUCCGCCGUCUCCCCGAGUUCAAGUUCUGGUAUUCAAUGACAAAGGCCUUCUGCAUUGCGUUUGUGAUGACAUUCUUCUCGCUGUUUGACGUUCCUGUCUUCUGGCCUAUCCUGCUCUUUGUUCUCACCAUGAGACGCCAGAUCUCUCACAUGAUCAAGUACAAAUACAUCCCUUUCAGCUUCGGCAAACAGAAAUAUGGUGGACGGAGUAGUAGCACCAGCAGCGGCUCACGUGCGGAGUGAUCCUGGCCCCUUUUUUCUUUAACUAAAGAAAAAGUAAUUUGUUGUUAGAAAACCAUUUUGGACUACUGACAGACAGAUCUGCUAUGCAGCUACAAGUAACAAUUAGAUGGGUAAACGUAAACACACCAGAAGAAAAAAACAGGAUGGGACUAAAUUUUGUUUUUUUUUCUUUCUUUUUUUUAGCUCGGAGAAAAAAUUGUUCGUUGUAUGUAUUAUUUGUUUUGUUGCUUUACUGUUUUGCAAAUAAUUCUACCAAUGAAUUCGGCUUCAAACUGGACUAAACACCUCGCAUGACCCUCUGUGCUUAAAUUGUUUUACAAAUACCAUUGCAAGACAUCGAUUAACCACCAGUUUCUGUGUGUGUUUAAGUCGCAUAAUAAUAUACAAAUGAGUGUGUUUAUUUCCAACUCCCAAGUCCCAACAUUGGUGGUAAUCAAGGUUUUAUUGGGCCCUUGUAAAGGCCUAGUUAUCUUAGUAGAGUCGGCCCCUUUUUUAGUACAAAACGCAGCGUAUUCUACCCCUUGUUAGCCAAGGUCCGUGUUCUUCUCGAACCGACUAUAUAUGCAUUCAUCGAGACUCAUUGUUUUGGCUAGCAGAGAACUCUAGAAGCAGCAGCAGGAAGAGAAAUAAAGGUAAAAGCUUUCAGAAUCAUCUCCGCAACGUUGUCGACCUG